AUGGAAAAUCAAAAACCCACUAUUAAUCGUCCCACCACCACCACCACCACCACCACCGUCGGCAGAGCCCAACCAGAGCCCCUUCACGAGCCACCGCGUUUCAGCGAAGAUAUAGAUGUAGAAAGCACUUGUUCUACCCCUUUCGUAAGUGCACCUUCCAGUCCUAGCUAUGGCCCUUCUGGUUAUUUCUUCAGUGCCCCAGUUAGUCCAAUGCACUUCCUGUUAUCCAGAGAGAAAAAUAAACCUUCUGACCAUGAACCCGUUUUAUUGUCGUCGGAUUCGAGUGAGUUUGAGUUUGAGUUUUCGUCUCGGUUUUCGCCAGAUGGAUCGGGUGGGUUAAGCUCCAUGAUUUCAGCUGAUGAGUUAUUUAUAAAUGGUCAGAUCCGACCCAUGAAACUGUUCACCCAUGGAGAAGAAGACCAAGAUGAAGAAGGUUGCACAAGAGGCAGGGAUCUGAAAAUGCGCAGUAAUAAAUACGCUCACCGUAAAGCCAGAUCCAUGUCGCCAUUAAGAACCGCGCAGUACGAAUUGCAGAGAGUGAGAAGUGUUCCUACAAAUCAAGAUCGAGAGAAUGAUUUGAAAGAAAGUGAAGGUGAAUUAGUGCUCUCGAGUGAAACGACGCCGUCAGAUUCAGCAUCGUCGUCAAGGUCCUCAUCAUCCGGGAGGAACUCAAAGAAAUGGAUAUUUUUGAAGGAACUAUUGCACCGUAGUAAAAGUGAAGGUAGGGCCAAUAACAAGGAGAGAUUCUGGUCGUCUAUUUCAUUUUCUCCAGCCAAGGAGAAAAACAACCUGCCGUCGCCGGAGAAUAAUAAAGAAGAAAAUUUAGUGGACACCCAGCGGCAGAAAAAGCAGCGCAAGGUUCCGGCGAACGGCGUGUGGAAAAGAGGAGAGCCGCCGUCAGCUCAUGAAUUGCAUUACACUGCGAACAGGGCUCACUCGGAGGAGAUGAAGAAGAAAACAUUUCUGCCCUACCGGCAAGGACUUCUAGGGUGUCUUGGAUUCGGGUCCAAGAGUUACGGUGCUUUGAGUGAAUUUACCAGGACCCGAACUCCUCCCAGAAAUAGCUGAAACUGCUAAAAAAUUUCAAAUUGGAGUCUAUGAGAAUGAGAUUUUUUCUUGGUGAUUUGAUUAUAUUUUCCAUGUAUUAUCAUGUUUGCUUCUCUUGCUGGAAGCAAGAUGUGAUUUGUGCUUCUCUUUAGUUCAUGCCAUGCAAUUGAUAAUUUUCCAUGUAUUAUCAUGUAUUGAUUGAUACUAUAACAGGUUCCAACAAAUCCCACAUGGGGUUUUCAGUUAA